UGUAUUUUAUCCUAGAGGGGAUAUGGGAGCUCUAGAUGUUUUUGCAUAAGGCGAGUAACAUUGUCAGAUUUUUGCAUUAAUAAGCUUCCUUUAGGAGCUAUGUAAAAGAUAGGCUGGAGGGCAGGAGAUCCAUUCAGCUACCAUUGUAGUCCAGGCAGGAGAUUGCUAGGUGUUGGAAUGAGGGCUGGGAUGGCGCUCUGGAAAUUUUCUCAUCUCCAAUGCAAAUCACUGACUUGUUUCUUUCCCACCAGGAAGGGUUCUGGUGUCCAGACCUGAUGUGGUCUCCACUCUGGUUUGAGGGAAAAUGCUUUAUGUCCAGCACAUACAGGGACUUGAGGAUGGAGAAUGCUAACAAUGUAGGCCCUGCCCAGGUUCUCAGUCCACGUCCAGAUGGGGAAUGCAGGACCCUGGAAGAUGGCAGCCAUGCUCCCAGCAGCCAAGUCCCAGGUGCUAGCACUGAACUCUGGGAGAACUCUGUGUUUGUAGCCCAAACCGUCGUCCCCCAGCUCCCUCUCUCAUUACAAGGGUUUCCGGUCUCCAAACCUGACCUGACCUCCCAGAUGGAUAGAGGUGAAAGGCUGUGCAUCCAGAACCUUCAGGGAGUGGAGGACAGAGAGGUCCUGAAAGGUGCUUACCCAGACUAUGGGAUUGAGACUGAAAACAAGGAGGUUAUUCCAAAGCAGGAAAUUUCUGAAGAAGAUGAAUUCAAGGGCAUAUUGUGGGCAGGACUGCAAAGGACUGUUCCCCAGGAGCCUGAACUUGAAGAAGCCUGUGACUCUAAGGACAAUUUAGACGAGCAGAAGGGAAGUGUAGUGUUGACGAGACUGAGACAGUCUCUCCCUUCCCAAGAGAGUGGUUUCAACCCCAUGUCUCUCUCCCAAGGUGGUGUCCCUAAAGAAGAGGGAGGGCAUGGAUAUGCCAAGUGUGAAAAAAGCUAUGAUCUGAGUUCAGCGCCUGUUACAAGUUGUAUAGAAACUGUAGAUAGAGAAGGAUCCCAGAGAUGUGAUUUAUAUGACAAAAGCUUUGGACAGGAUUUAGGUCCUCUAACCCCUCCGAAUGUUAAUAAUGGAAAAAAACCCUAUGAAUGUAGUGAAUGUGACAAGUCCUUUAGCAGGCGUUCAUACUUUAUUGAACAUCAAAGGAUUCAUAGUGGUGAGAAGCCAUAUGAUUGUAGUGAAUGUGGCAAAGCCUUCAGGUGGUAUUCAGAUGUUGUCUCACAUCAGAGAAUUCAUCGUGGAGAGAAACCUUACCAAUGUAAUGAUUGUGGCAAAGCCUUCAGGAAGAGCUCAGAUCUUAUCCAACAUCAGAGGAUUCAUAGUGGGGAGAAGCCCUAUGAAUGUAGUCAUUGUGGCAAAGUCUUUGGUCGAAGCUCCAGCCUUAUUCGACAUCAAAGAAUUCAUAGUGGAGAGAAACCCUAUGAAUGUAAUGCUUGUGGGAAGGCCUUCAGAGAUAUCUCUACUUUUAUUAACCAUCAGAAAAUUCAUAGUGGAGAGAAACCCUAUGAAUGUGAUGAAUGUGGCAAAGCCUUUAGUCGUAGCUCAAGCCUUAUUGAACAUCAGAGAAUUCAUAGUGGAGAGAAGCCCUAUGAAUGUAAUGAAUGUGGCAAAGCCUUCAGGUGGUGCUCAGACCUGGUUCCACAUCUCAGAAUUCAUAGUGGGGAGAAACCAUUUGAAUGUAAUGAAUGUAAGAAAUCCUUUAGGAAGAGCUCAGAUCUUAUUUUGCAUCAGAGGAUUCAUAGUGGAGAGAAGCCCUAUGAAUGUAACCAGUGUGGGAAAGCCUUCAGGAAGAGAUCUGAUCUAAUUCAGCAUCAUAGAAUUCAUAGUGGAGAGAAGCCUUUUAAAUGUAAUGAAUGUGAGAAAGCUUUUAGGACACGGUCAGACCUUGUUCAGCAUCUGAGAAUUCAUAGUGAUGAGAAACCUUAUGAAUGUAAUGAAUGUGGGAAAGCCUUCAGGCAGAACUCAGAUCUUAUUCAACACCAGAGAAUUCAUAGUGGAGAAAAGCCCUAUGAGUGCGACAAAUGUGAGAAAGUCUUCUGUCGAAAUUCAAGCCUCAUUCGACAUCAGAGGACUCACAACAGAGAUUAAUUUUCAGAGUGUUAUUAUCCCCUGUCCAUGCUAGGGACUUGGAGGACAGGGCUUCAGUAUGCAUAACUUCCUUUUUGUAGCAGAUGAUAAAGGUUGUUUGCAUGACUGAUUGAUCAAUAUUAUAGAGUGAGGGAACAAGACCAUCAAAAAUUAAUGUUUACUGUGAGUUAUCUGUGGCUUUAUUAGCUUUCAGAAUGGCCUUUUAGGUCAGGGACCGAAAUGGAAGUGGGUGCAUGGGCACCCCAAAGAAUUUCCUACACUCAUCACUUGUGCUGUCUGCUGCAUCCAAAGGGUAAAGAGUAGGGGGAGGACAGGCUGUGGCCUGUCCCUUAAUCUUUUUCAGCACCUCUCUUCCAUAAUGAUGUUUUUUACAAUUUGACACAUUUACAGUAUUGUCCUCAGCCACCUAUUUAGAGCACGUGAAUCUGUUUUUGUUGGAGUAUAAGGAGCACUGGUCCGCCAGCCAUAUAUAGGCAGGAGCCUGUUGAGUUCAGAGUCUAACCUCAAGGACAAUUUCUUGCUCCCCAGAUAAGGAGAACUAACUUUCAUAGAUUUCCCCCAAUCCUUGAGGGAAAUUAGAGCAUUCUUUGGAACAAAACACACAACCUUUUGAUGGAAAUAACUCUAUAGUUAACAAACUGAGCCCUCUUCCCCACAUCCAGAACUCUGUUCUAGGCAUCCAGCCCAGCUUGAAUUUUUGCUUUACUCUAAUUUGGCUUCUGUCUUGAUUAAGUUUCUACUUAAACGUUAAAUUUUGCAUAGGACAGUGCAUAUCUAUAGAGAAGAAGGUGGUGGUGACGGGGACAUACAAUCUAGGUUCAUUUGGGUUAGGGAAUUCUCACUGGGGAGAAGGAAGUAGAGCAGCUGGGGCUAAGGAUGAGGGUAGGGAGGAUGACAAGAGCACAGUAGUGGGUGGGCCUGCAAUGGGAAGCUCCUCUCAUUUAGGCCUAACUGGUGCCACCUCUGUGGAGCCCUCCCUUAGUGAGCUUUGGUUGCACUUUUCCUUUGCACUUGUUUCGCUCCGGUUCAUAUGAUUUUUGUGGUAUUUGUGUCAUUAAUAAUGUAAACUCCUUGAGAGCAGGGUCUGGAUCAGGUAUCUUUGUAUUCCUGGUGCCAAGCACAGGGCCUCGCACAUAGUAGGUGCUUAGUGUUGGUUGAUUUAUUAAUAAAGGCAAGACUACUGAUAAGUGUGGGAUAUUAUCGUGGAAUUUUAAAGCUGGAAGGGACCUUAGGGAUUGCUCAAUCACUUUAUUUUACAGAGGUCAAAACGAAGUGCAAGUGUCCAAGUCCCAGGCUCCUGACUGAGCAGUGCCCAUUAAUGAAAAGAACAGCUGGUCCUGGAGUCAGGAAAAAUUGGAAAAAUCCUGCCACUGCCACCUACUAGUUUGACUAUGGACAAGUCACUUCAUCUCGGAGUCUCAGUUUCCUUAUUUGCAACAUUCUGAUAAUACCUAUGGCACUCAUUGGGUUUUCUUAAGGAUCAAACUUUGAAAAGAGCUGUUUUCACUGGGACUCAGGUUGCCUGAGACUCCUGUUCAGAAAUUGUCUUAACCUGAGGCCUUGAGCAAAUCACAUUCGCACCCCCUUAGUUUUGCCCUGUGUGAAAUGAAGGAUUUGGAGUUGAUGUCAAAUUUAGUUUUAAGCACUAAAAGGUUAAUUAGAGGGAAUCCGAUGCCCCAUGUGGAACCUGGCAUGCCCAAGUAUGUAAGAAAAGGCCACAUGAUGGGGGAAGGGCAAGUACAACCAGCUGGAUCUGGAAAGGGGUGUAGCAGAAUGAACCUUUGGCAGAGAGUCAUGAUACCUGUGUUCAAGUGUGGCCUAAACCACUUAUUAGCUUGUGUGAAAAUAUAUUUGCUUCUCUGAGCCUCAGUUUCCUCAUCUGGGGAUAACACUUUUACUACCCACCUCACAGGGUUGUUGUGAGGAAAAUGUUUUGUAAGUGGUGAAGUACCAUAUAAAUGUGAGUUGUUACU